AUCCAAUCUGAAUCUAAUCGAUUCGAAACUAAAGAUAUAUAUAUCUCAUCACGAUUCUUCAAAGCAUGACUGAAUCUCAAUCAAGAAUUUAAAGAAGAGAUUGACUAUUUACCAAGUUAACUUAAGCAGCUAAACUUAUCAUCAGACUUUAACCGAUUCUUACUUCCAAAUCACCAUUUGACCGUUCAACCAUAUCAACUUCAUCUCAAUCGACUACUCAUCAAUCAAUCAAUCAGACAUUCUAAUGUAUGACUAUCGAUUCAAACUAACAGAUUCAAUAUCAAAUCAAUCAAAUCAAAUCAAGAAUCAAGUCAAAUGGUCAAGAAGAACAAAAACUAAAUCAAUCUCAUCAACUCAACCUUCAACUUCAUUUGAAUCUCAUCAGAAAUCGAAUCGAUCUCGAAUUCAACUAUCAACCGUUUUACCUACGAUCCUCAUCAUCACCUCAUUCAUUCCUAUCGCUCAAUCCAUCCCAAUCGAGUCUACAACUCAUUCUGGUCAAUCACACUCAGAUUCAAUCAAUCAAAACGAUGAUAGGUCUGAUCCUCAAGAUAACCUUGAUCCUAUCUCAUUACAUCAAGCUAAACCGAACCCCGAUUCAUCAAGACUGAAUCUCAAUGAUCAGCUAUCUUCACCGUCUCUCAUCAAACAAUUCCCUUCACCUACUAGUGAUCCAUCCAACACGCCAUCUACACUUUUCCAUUUGGAUCCAAGUACCUCUCAAUCAUCUCUUGAAUACACUUCUCAUCCAGACAGCAGCGCUGGUCGCUCGGCUACAUUCUUUCAAAAACCAUUAUCAACAUCAAAGCUUGAUCAAUCAUCAUCACCAAAAAAACUUCAGCAUGAAUUGCCAUCAAUCUCUACCCUCGAUGCAUUACUUUCAUCUCAUGAUACAAAUUCACCACCACCCACAAAUCCACCUUCUGAAUCAGAUUCACAACAACACACAUCCGAAUCUCCUCAUCCCAACUCACAGCUUUCUUUCUCGCCUUCUCAAUCUCAUCGACUUUCUAUACCCGUCAAAUCAAGCAUUCCAACCUACUUCGAAAACGUAAACGGAACAUGGGUCCUCUCUGAUAAUUGGAACCUUUAUGGUCUAUCAGGGCCUAGUCAGAGACAUAGAGCUCGUAGCCUUCCAACCAACAAUGUACAACGUUCAUCCAAACAGCCCAGAUCAGCACCGCUCGUUCAUCAUACCUCCCUUGCAGCUCGUACAAACGAACUAGAAUCCAAUGCAUCUUUUAGCAAUAGCACUAACAACAACAUGAAUUCGAGCACAAACCUUGAUCUACCUGCUGGUUGGAAUCAUACUUCACCGCGCGGACCGAUGUAUGUUGUACCGGCGAUAGUGAUUGCUAGUUUAUUUAUCGCAAUUUCAGUGGUCGGAACAGUGGUUUGUCUGGUUGGUAGAAGGAGGAAGAACAAGCGAAUAUCAAGCAUGAGGAGGAAUGAAGAAGCUGAGAUUGAAGGUGACAAAUCUCUAGAAGCAGACGAGAAAAAACUCAAUGAGAUGUCAGAGAAAGGGAAGAGGAAAAAGAUGACCAUCAAACAUUUACUGAUUGUUCAAUUUAAAAAUCAAGGGUCAAAGAAGAAGCAAGAGAUAGAUCCAAGUUCGCUUCUUAUUCUUGAUGAAAGUCCAAGACUUGGUAAACGGAGUUUUAGGAGUGGUAUUGGCUCUAGGCUUACUCGACGUCGUAAUCGAGCCAGUGAUAAGAUGAAAGGAACUCAAACUGACAAGACUACCGAAGAUGAUCAAAGUCCGUCUUCUGGCUGUUCUGGCUCUAGUGCAGAUGCUGUGAUUGUCAACGAGCUUUCGGGUGCACCAAAGCCUCUGACAGAUGACGCUAGCGGUACUGGAGGGUCGAGAGGAACAACAGACCAAAGCUCGGCACCUAUUACAAACACAUCACACGGCCAUGAUACGCUCCAUACGGCAUCCUCAUCAUCCAAUGCAUUAUCACAGACUAUCACUUCAUUCAAUUUACAAAGACUAGCCACCGAUGAAAGUCAGACAGAAGCUCUUACUGUGACUGCACUCACACGUCAGAGUGCACAGCUUGAAAGGGCCGAUGAGCAGCGAGAUCGAGCAAGAAGUGAAGUUUCUUCUGUACAUAACUCAUUACCAUCUUUACAAAUCAGUCAGCAUCCAUCACUCCAACCCAUCAUGGGACCUCGAUCAAUAUUUCCAGAUGACCCUCAUCUUGAGGAUCUACCACCGGAACCACCAGCUUAUACGACCUCUCAUGAUAAAUUAGUAUUAGGAAACAUAGCCAGAUUAGCAAGUUCUGCUCCUAUUAGCGAACCUGAAAGAGAACUUGAUCAAGGACCAUCAGCACCACCAUUAGUUUGGGAAGAACUGACUAAUACGUCGGUAGAAGAUCAAGUAGAAGUUCAACGAGGAAUCUUACCAGCUCCAUCUAUGAGUUUUGUGACAAAGUUUGAUCCGAAUAGGAAAGAUGAAGAAAAGUUAAAGAAGAAAGAAGAAGAAGAAAUGAAAACUUGGGCUUUAUUGGUUGAACCUUCUAGACCUGAAGAUUCAGAUGAAGAAAGAAGAGAAAGAGAAGAAGUUGGAAUUAGUGUACCUGAAGCAGAAGAAGUAGAAGGAGAAGUAAGGGAAAGAGAAAGAGAAAGAGAAAGAAGAGAGAUUGGUUUACCUAUUGCUCCACCUUAUGAAGAAGAAGAAGAAAUUGAUCAAGGUUAGAAUCAGAGAAAUUGGUUUCUUGUGGUUUUGUAAAAUUCAUGGACAAGUUAUGAAAACAAAUAGGUUAUUCUUGUGAAUCUGUCUUUAUUGGGGCCCGGGGUGGUGUGUGUGUGUGUUUGUUUUGAUUUUGCUUGAUUUUUUAUUUUUUUACUUUAUUUUACUUUAUGAUUUUUGUGAGACUUGUUUUUUAAAAUUCACGAAUUGGGCUCUUGAGUGAACGAAAAAGAGAAACAAGAAAAAAGGAUUUUUUGGGUAUUUUGUGUGAUUUUUUUUCUUUGGUGUUUCAGUUUAAUGUGUCUUAUAUAUACUUAUAUACAUUUUAGAUUUCUUUCUUAGAUUCUUCUUUACUUCUUCUCUGUGCGUGUGUGUGUGUUUCUUUCUGGAAGUCUUAUUACUUUUUCAAAUUUCCUCAAGUUUAAUGUUAUUUUUUUUUGGGAAAUUUGUUUUUAUUUUACAAUCAAAUCUGUUUUUUUUUUCAAUUUUUUUUACAUUACAAAUUAAGAAAAACUCAAACAU